AGCACAGGAAGAUUGAGAAAGAUUUAUGGGAAAGUUCAAAAGGGUAUGUGUCUUCUGUGGGAGCAAUUCAGGGUACAGACAGAUUUUUAGUGAUGCAGCUCUUGAUCUUGGUGGACAACUGGUUGAAAGGAAGAUGGAUUUGGUUUAUGGCGGAGGAAGUAUUGGGCUGAUGGGGUUGAUUGCUCAAACAGUUUAUGAUGGGGGAUGCCAUGUUCUAGGAGUUAUCCCAACUGCUCUUCUUUCUGUAGAGAUCUCAGGCCAUGCAGUGGGAGAAGUGUUGAUUGUGUCAGAUAUGCAUGAAAGAAAGGCAGAGAUGGCACGACAAGCUGAUGCUUUCAUUGCCCUACCUGGAGGUUAUGGAACAAUGGAAGAGUUGCUUGAGAUGAUAACAUGGUCUCAGCUUGGCAUCCAUGACAAACCUGUGGGGCUGUUGAAUAUUGAUGGAUAUUAUGAUUUCUUGUUGGGGUUGUUCGACAAAGGCGUAGAAGAAGGAUUCAUCAACCCUUCUGCAAGGAACAUUGUCAUAUCUGCAGAUAACGCUAGAGAUCUGAUGCAGAAGAUGGAGGAGUAUGUACCAAAGCAUGAGCAAGUGACACCAACACAAAGCUGAAACGUAGGGGGCCAUGACCGCCAGAGUUUAUAGCAGUUUGAUUUCUGACGUUGUUUCUUGAUCCUGUUAAGGAAAAAGUUGUUUGCUGCAAGUGCAUGAUUUAACACAAACAAAGUUCUGUUAAUUUCUGAAGGUAGUCUGGUUUGCAAGCUGCUCCAGAAAGUUGGCUUUAUCUUUGCCUAUGUAUUUGGAUGGCAGAGGAUCAGCAAUUGUUUCCUCAACGGCUUAAUCAAUUAAUGUGUUGAAAAGCACUGAAUCAAAAAAAUGAUAUUUGCAGAUGAUGAACAUGAUUUUUACAUCAAAAUCCUGUCGGGGAAGUCAAGUUAUGGCUUACUAAUGUGGACUUCAAAGUUUCUUUGCAUCCUCCUUGGAUGAUAAUAAAGCUGAGAAAUUUUG